AUGCUAUAUAGCGGGCCCAAUUUUGCUCGAGGUGUCUCCUACGAUUCGAACCAGCGUUCUCAGGCAGACGCCUGGUGCGUUGCCGCGGUGUCUGCAGCGCUCACCCCCAUCAAUGCAUUCUCUGAGAUUGACACCGACGACGAUGGAUUCGUGACGCCCGACGAGCUCAAGGCUGUGCUAGUGGGGAAAUGCGGCCUGAGCGAAAGUCAGGUGGACGACAUCUAUGCCUCGGCCGAUAAGAAUGAGGACGGAACGCUUUCGAUGCUCGAGUUUGCAAAGGGCGUGAGGCAAUCGGCCUACGCGGCGCCGGCAUUAGAGGAGGGGAAACCCGCUCUGAGGCUUACGGCAAUCGAUGCAUUUGCAGCGGCGGACGCGGACGGCUCAGGUACUCUUACCAAGGAGGAGCUGACGAAUGCGAUGAAGGCCAAGACGGACAUGAGCGAGGCUGAGAUAGAGGCAUUCUUUGCGGAGUGUGACGUCAAUGAGGAUGGCAUGCUCACGAUGAUAGAGGCGGCAAAGGGCUUCAAGAAGGUGAUGAAGGCGGGCAAGCUUGGCUCCCUUGCGUCAUCUGGGUGA